AUGAUUUCAGAAAAUCCAGUAGAGUAAUCGUAUAAUCAUCCAAUAUUUCAGACAAAUAACUCUGCUUGUGGAUCAAUAACUUCUAAGUAUAAUUUUGAAGGUAACUCUAUUGAUUAAGCACCAUUCAUAAAGUAUUUACAAGAAAAUCAAAACUAAACAAAUACAUUAACAAUUGAAAGUUCAGACAGGAGGGAUAAGGGAAUAAAAACUAUCGUUUUCUAAGGAACAUCAGCUGUACUUGGUAUCAAGAAACAAGUAAUGAUAACUUUUAACUUUACGCUUUGCUCUGAUUAGAAAUUGAUUACUUCUGCAUAUUCAUCUUUUAGCUACAUUUUAGGUCAAGGAACUUAAAAUAUUACAAAAAUUACACCACCAGUAUUGAACUCUCAUUGUAAUUAUGAGACAAAAUUAUCAGAUUAUGAAUCAAAUUACAUUGAAGAUUCACCAUAAUACUUUAUACAAAACGAUUCGAUAAUAGUCAACGUAACAUAGAGUGAUGAAUAUGAGACAGGAAAUAUAUUAACCUUUUAUUUAUCAUACAUUCUUUCUGAUGAUCCAAGUGUAACUAAAAGUGAGCUAAUAACUGUAACUUUUUUAGGAUGUGAUUCUUAUUCAUCUGUACUAUCACAGACUUUGCCAAACUUCACUUAUCGCCUUGGAUAAACUAAUCAAAAUAACACAAUAAUUUACAAGAAAUUUACAACGAAUGAUACUCUUUGUAAAAAUUGGGAGAUUUAACUAUUCUUAUUAAAUGAAGAUGAAGAACUUUGUCAGGCUCCCUCAUUCAUCACAUUGAAUGAUUCAAACUAAAAGCUUACAAUAUAUCCAAUGACACAAGAUAUAGGUGUAUACUAAAUAGCUAUAAAAGCUAUUCUAAACAAAUACCUUGUAGGGUUCUAAAAUAUUACAUUAAACGUGACCGUGCUAGAUUGCAAAGAAGCUAUGAUAGAUUUAAGCAACUAAACCUAUCAAGAUAUAAAUUAUACAGUUGCAAGGGGAACUGAGUAUUUCAAUUUCAGUCCGUUCACUUUAACUCUUGAACCAUGCCCAAUUCAAUACAAUAUAAUAAGUUCAUUGAGCCAAUAAAUCUUACCACAAUGUGAAAAAAUAUAAAUUGAGUAGUAGUCUUCUGUUCUAAGGAUUGUCCUCGAUUGUGGAUAGAAUUCUAACGCAGGUACAUAUCUUUUGAGAUUGUAGGGAAAUUUAAUAGCAAAUUAAGAUGUUUUUUGGAGAUCAAUGGAGUUUAAACUAAAUAUUUAUGAAAAUUGCUCAAUGUAAUUAAUUGGAGAAGGGGAGAACAGUGUAUAUCCAUAUUAAAUAGGAUUACCGAAUUGUGAUUAUCGUAGUUUCAUUGAUUUUUCAAUUGAAUAUUCAAGUGGUUGCACAUUAGCAGUUAUAUAACCAGAUAAUGAUUUAAACAACACAAUCCCUUAUUAAUACAAUGUUAAUGAUGGAGGAAAAAUAUUUGACCUAAGCUAAUAUCAGUCAUUUCCAUCAUUCUGCAUUGAUUAUGCGACCUAUUAAAUCUAAUAUUCUUUUAAGAAUGGCAUAAUACAAAAUGGUAUUAUACCUAAUUACUUCUUAUUUAAUCAAACAAAGCCUGAAUUGAGUGUUUACACUACGAAUGAUGAAAAUGUAGGAAUAUAUCAAUUUACUGUUUCAACCUUAAUUCUUGGAGGUCCUACAAUUAGAAAUGACUUAAUCAUAUAAAUAACUGAUUUUAAUAGCGAAUGUCUCAAUGCUACUAUUUAAUACAAAGAGGAAAUUAGUUCUGUAUUUAAUUAUACUAUUGGUAAUACAGCUUAGAACUUUAGCUAUGAUAUAUUAAUAAGUUCUGUAUAAGCUGCUUGCAAAAUAAUCUACAAUAUAAGCUUUGAUGGCCAAUCCAAUAUUAACAUGUUUUUAAUUAACUACUAGGAGUAAUCAAUAGUACAAAUUUUUACUGGUGAUGUUGAAUAUAUUGGAUCAUAUGAAUUAGGUUGCACUGCAUACCUUUAAGAUAACCCAAUAUCCUCGAUUUUUUCAAUUCCAAUUACUAUCAAUAUUUUUCACCCUUGUUAAAUUGCCUAAAUAUAAAUUAAAAAUCUUCCAACUAUUCCUAAUCCGAUAAAAUACACAAUCAAUAAUAACGAUUCAUAAAUUCUGAGCUAUAAACUUACUUGGAGUACUGAUAAAUUAGAAUGUGAAUUGUCUUAUGAAAUUUAAGAUGAAACUACUAUGAUAGCUCCCCAUUAAAAUUAUAGCAUUACUCUUGAUCCGAUACAUAAAGAAAUAACGUUUAAGAACCCAUUAAAUUUAGAAAACGUAGGUACUACUAGUUACUAAUUUAUACUUAUUGGCUAUGUAGUUGGUUACCAAACAAAUAAAGAAGUACUUAAACUUUAAGUAGAUUAUAAUUUGGAUUGCUCAAUUGCAUCUAUAAAUGACCCUUAAAUAGAAAAUUAACAUUAUACUGUAGGGGAUAAUAACCUUACGAUUCCUUUAAAAUGGUCAGUUAGUCCUCUUUUGUGCAAUAAGAUUAUAUAUUCUAUUUCAGAUGACUUUAAAAUCUUUUCAACAGUAAUAUCAAAUGAAUUUUUAGCAAUAGGGACUAAUAAUAUUUAUUUUGCUGGUAAUUAUAACAUGCAAGUUAAAGGUGAAAUAAGUGGUGGAAUUUCUAUUAGCACAGUAUUUGAUCUAAAUAUUAUUAAUCCUUGUUUGAAAUCUAUUCUUACAGCUACUUAGUAGGAUGAUAUUGAUUUAUAUAUUGGAUAAGCUAGGCAAAUUUUGAUAUCUAAUUUUUUAUCAAGUAUUUCAACUCAAAUUUGCGGGUAGUUUUAAUACAUAAUUGAGUUUGAGAAUGCCUCUAAUAUAUACAAUUAGUAUUUGAAUAAAAAUAUAAAUCAAAAUUCAACCUAUUUAUGGAUUUAAAUAACAGAUUACAGGGCCUAAAAUUAAACUAUUCCAUUAAUACUGAAAGGAAAAAUUCCUAAUCUUGAAUAUGUUCAGACUAUAAUUAAGAUUAAUGCUAGGACGAAUUGUUCUAAUCAAAUUAUCGAGAAUCUGAAUCUAUUAGUAGAGUAAAUUAACUAUACGGUAAAUGAUAUAAAGAUCGAUAUAGAUUUCUCUACAAGAUUUAAGUUAAAUUUUUAUGGUUGUGGAGAUAUAUUAUACAGUUGUACCGAUUCAAGAAGAUAAAAUGUUUGUGACCCAGCUAUUUUUACAAUUAAUCAUAAUACAGGUAUGCUAAGUAUAUUUACAUCGGAUAUUAGAAAGGCCUAAGCAGUGAAACUACAAAUUACAGCGACAACACAAAACGUAAAGAAUUAAACAGAAAUUCCAGUGCUAAUAACAGCAGACUGCAAAGAUACAAUAAUAACAUCCCCAUCAGAUAUUUCAGAAGAUAUUGCUCUAAUAUACCCUCAAACAAACAUAACUCUAAAAGCUGAAUUUACUGAUUUAAUAGGAUGCCAAAAAUUUUACAAAUAUUCAUUGCUUCUUGAUAAUGAUUAAAACUUGUCACCAUGGUUAAUAAAUAUCAAAGAUGGUACUCAUUAGGUACCAGAGCUCUAAGUAGCACAUGGCACUCCAAACUUUCAAAUAAAAAUAAAAGUUAAUCUUUCAGUUUUUAAUAUCAUCUCAAGCAGCAAAUAUAUCAUCAAUAUCAAAUGCCUUAAUCCUUAAAGUAGGUAGGGGACAACCUCUACAGUUGUAUUACCUUUGAUAGAUUAAAUUCACUCUACAGUCAUAUCCGCUGUUUAUAUAGUUCACUAAUUUGCAGAACUUUAAAAAUAUCAAGUUCAUUUAUUCUGGUUCACAGAUAAUUAUAUCUGGGAAUUAGAGACUGUAUCAAAGAUUUUGGUUCCUCCAAUUUUCAAAGAAGAUCUUGAAUAUAUUGAAUUAGAUAUUAACUAAAAACAUUCCUACAAUUUGCCAGAUAUUUAAUCAUACUCAAGAAAUUUGGUUAGUAUUUAAAUAUCUCUAGGUAAAGCUUCUAACUUUGUCAAUUACUAUCGAACAACAAAGAGCUUCUCAAUAAGUCCAUCAUCAACAUAAGGGGGCAAAUCAUAUAAAAUUCAAAUCAAACUAGUAGAUCAAGAUAUUUAAUCUUUGUCAACUAAUUACGAAUUAACAAUUAUAAUUAAAGCAGCAAAUGAUGACAGUUAAUUUUAAAACUAGAAUUAAAAUACUUAAAAUUCAACUAGCAAUUAGACAUUAGUAACAAUAAACGAUCAAAUAUUCAAUUAAAGUGAGUAUGCAAUUUAUUAAGCCUCAAAUUAAUAUCUAGAUCAAUAAGCAUAAGAAGUUUAAAAUGUCUUAUAUACUUCCGAGGAUUUUAAUGUUAGUAACCUAAGUAGUAAUAUUUAUCAAGAAUUGUUAAAAAAGAUCAACGCAAAUGCAUAUGAUCCAUAACUUAAGCCAUAGAUAUCAUAAAUUAAUCAGCAAGGUGAAAUGACUAUAAACUUUAAUUUAGAUGUUCUUAUUCCUAAAAGUUAUGCAAAUUUCAAUGAUAAAGUUAUGAAAAUGAGAGUUAAAUAGGACUCUAACUCUGAUAAGAAUAAAAAGAACUAGACAAAAAGAAUGCUUGCAGUUUAAACUAGCUCAUCCGAUGAUCUAUAGUACUCAUGGAAAGUAACAUUAUUUACCAAGAGAGAAUUAAAGAUCAAAUUAGAUUUUUAAGAACCACUUCUAGUUUCUGCUGAAGUAAGGGAAUUUAAAUCUUACUUAAUUUUUAGUCUACAAACUAUGUUUCAAUACAGUUUCUAAUGA